UCAAGAUCGGUUGUAUAUAUAAACCCUCGUUCAUCAGACUGACUUAAGUGAUCUUGACUUGUCGAUUUGGUAUAUCAUUUUGUGGCUUAGGUGUGAAGCCAAAACUCUUGUGCAAGUCUAAACAGAGUCAGGAAAUUUUAUCAAAAAUGAAAGCUAUUUUGCUUGUCAGCUCGUACCUCAUAGUCUUGGUCAGCGCCAAGUACAACCACUACGGAAUUGCUAGAGACUACACUUUUACACCUGUAACCUGUCCACCUUGCGAUUGCACGACGACCACGACGCCUUGCCCAACAGUAACAAGCACAACCACAACACCUUGUCCAACCACUACAACCACAACUCCUUGCCCAACAACGACAACUCCGUGUCCAACAACGACAACUACAACUCCUUGCCCAACAACCACCACACCCUGUGUGACCACCACGCCAUGCCCACAUCCACCAAACAGUCCAGGAUUCUGCCCACCUUGCGUAAUGAACCGCUGCACCCCAGACGCCUGCUCCCUUGGGGCGAAUGUUCCCUAUCCUGGCGACUGCACCAAGUUCUGCAAAUGCGAUUUCGACGGAGCCACGCCGUUCGACUGCCCCGCAGGACUCCACUUCAAUGACAUCCUGCAACUUUGCGACUGGCCGAGUGCCGCAAAAUGCACCCUGUCCAGCACUUACGAGGGUGGGUGCGAAAUGCUGACGCCCUAAGGAUAAAUCAUGCGGAACUUUAUUUCAUAAAUAUUCAGGGUUACCAAAUAAUAUAUACAUUAAUUUAUUUUUAGUCAUUUAUGUUUGUAUACAAUAAUAAAAAUAAUGUCUAAUUCAUAA